GCCCCUGACCCCCCACCCACUCCACACAACGUUCUCUCUUCGGCAGCGGCGGUAGUGCUUGUUUUGUCUAGGCCGCGGCUACCAAGUGCGAAUUAUCACAACAAUUACAAUUGCCGUACACGAAUAACGAGUAACGAUAAUAACAAUAAUAACGCCGCCCAGUGCCCGAUCGAUUAGCUGUACGCGUAGCGAGAGAUGGAGCCCGAGAAGCUGUCGCAGUUGAAGGCGUUCGUGCUGCUGUGCUCGCAGAACCCGGGCGUGCUGCACAAGCCCGAGCUGCACUUCUUCAAGCAGUGGCUGGAGAGCAUGGGAGCCCAGGUGCCAGCAGCACCAGAGGAGCCAAGUGCAGCCAAGCCUGCCCCCCCCAAGGAGGAGAAGAAGCCAACGUCCCCACCCCCAUCCACUUCAGCACCCGAACCAGAACCAGAGCGUGAGAGCGAAGAGAGCGAUCUGGACAUUGACGAUGAUGGCGUGGUGGAGGAGGACCAUGAUCCACCGCAGGACAUGGGCGACGCUGAGGUUGAGGUGUCGGAGGAGAUGAUGGACCAGGCUAACGAGAAGAAGGGCGAGGCCAUGAGUGCCCUGGCCGAUGGGGAACUCCAGAAAGCCAUUGAGCUCUUCACAGAGGCCAUCAAAUUGAACCCCUCCUCUGCCAUUCUCUAUGCGAAGAGGGCCAGUGUGUACGUGAAGCUAGAGAAGCCAAACGCAGCGAUCCGCGACGGAGACCGAGCCAUCAGCAUCAACCCUGACUCGGCGCAGUCGUACAAGUGGAGGGGCAUCGCUCACCGGCUGCUGGGCCACUGGGAGGAGUCCAGCAAGGACUUGGCCAUGGCCUGCAAGCUAGACUACGAUGAAGAUGCCAGCCGCAUCCUCAAAGAGAUCACUCCCAAGGCUCAGCGCAUCGCGGAGCACAAGCGCAAGUACGAGCGGAAGCGUCUGGAGCGGGAGCUGUGCGACCGCAAGGAACGCGUGAAGCGAGCGCAGGAGGAGCACGAGCGGGCGCGCAGGGAGGAGGACGCACGCCGGCAGGCUGGUGGGGGAGGCUUUGGGGGAUUCCCUGGUUUCCCAGGGGGCAUGCCUGGGGGAUUCCCUGGGGGGAUGCCGGGGAUGCCCGGAGGAAUGCCGGGCGGCAUGCCCGGGGGAAUGCCGGGGGGCAUGCCCGGGGGAAUGCCCGGAGGAAUGCCCGGUGGCAUGGGAGGUCUCAACGACCUCCUGAGUGACCCAGACGUCAUGGCUGCUGUACAGGACCCCGAGAUCAUGGCCGCCUUCCAGGAUGUUGCGCAGAACCCGGCCAACAUGUCCAAGUACCAGGGAAACCCCAAGAUCAUGAGCUUCAUCGGAAAACUCUCUUCCAAGUUUGGGGGGGCUGGUCAUUGAGUCCCCCCUCGUAGUGAGGGGGAGGGGGGGUUCAGGGGACACAGAGGGGUGGGGGUACAAACCCCCCCGAGGGAAAGCAUCCCACAACUAGGAAAGGCAGUAAAGUGGCAGCGGCGGGCAGUGAUGCCGGAACGGCUGCAAUUUGAGCGAAAGUUAAUUCUGCCUGCAGAUAUUUUUUUGGAUACUUUUCUUGGUAACAUUUUUCAUUUGUUUAUGGGGGGGGGGGGUGCAGAGGGGCUGGGCAGCACUGAACCCACGUUGUGUAAACAUCUCAUCGGCGAACCACACCUCAGGAAGGGCGCUCGUUCGGUCUUCGCGCCAGCAAUCCCCGGUCGCUGGUUUUAUUCACGCUAAAAAAACAAAACAAAGAGCCAGCGGUGAACGAAAUGAAUGUGUGGUGAGAUUUCAGGGGGAACUAAUGGGAAAAGAGAAGCGAUGGUGGAGAUGAUCGGUCACUCACGGUCGUGCGGCUUCAAUAAAUUUUUAGUCCACAGGUGAUGUUAGUCCACUGCGUGGGAACGGCAUGGAUGCUUUAUGCGCGAGUCCUUAGAGUGCUUUUUAUAUUUUUCUCCACCUGCUAAAUCAAGUUAUUUUAGUACCUUGCUCGAUGGAUAUUUUUUUGGAGAUGCGUGCGUGACUUGGCAAAUUCAUUUCGCGGGUUUUUUUGUUAAGCCGUUUUGUCUCCUGUCCAUGCCGUGGAAUCUCUCCCCAGGUGAAAAAGAUGUGGGCCACACAUGGUAGGGAGCAGUCCUCUACGAGUACAGAUUAAAACGGGGCUCAAUUUAUCCUUAUCGGGCUGUGGGAAAUGUGUUUAACGAGCAAUUUGAAGUGAUCGGACACGACAGCUUGUGACCGGGCUCGUCUUCGCGUGCGACACGCGAACUGGUGCACGUUCAUGUCGCCCUUGCCGCCUCUGCAUCAGUCGGGGCUCAGGACACCAAAAGUGGUUCGCAAAGUAAAGUGUUCGUAGUUUCAAAGAUUUGCGUGAGCAUUGCCCAAAGCGAAGGUAAUUCUGCGUGUCUUGGGGGGCUGUCACGUGGCGCGUGUGGGAAUGAAGCGUUCCGGGGGGGGGGGGGGGGGUGGGUGGCAGGUUUGCUGUCACCGCCUCGGCCGCAGCUCUUUGCUUAGUAAGCCCUUACCUUGAUUUCCGACCUCUCAUCUCCCCCGCACCCCUCACUGAGCACACGUCGGUUGUGUCUUCCUUGUUUUCGUCUACUGAUAAUUCCCAACCUCUCGUCCCUUCGCAUCCUCCAGUGGUGGAGCGCCGAAUGUGGCCCCAUCUAUUCAAAUCCUGGAGCGAUGCUCGGGGCUGUUUGGGUUUAAUUGAAAACGAUGAAUAAACACAUUCUAUAGGUGAA